AUGGUUGCAUCUAUCGAGCAGAUAUCAAAAUGGAAACGGGAAAAGACAAUAGGUAUUAUUGGCUUGGGUGAUAUGGGGCUACUUUACGCCACCAAGUUUUCGAAUGCAGGCUGGAAAGUAGUUGCUUGCGAUAGGGAAGAUUUAUUCGAGUCCAUGACGGCAGUACAUGCAGAUGCGUCAUUUGAGGUGCUAUUAAACGGUCACUACGUAUCAAGGGUUAGUGAUUAUAUCAUUUACAGCGUAGAAGCUGCAAACUUGGAUAAAAUCGUUUCGGCGUAUGGCCCAUCCUCGAAAGUUGGCGCGAUUGUAGGUGGACAAACGAGCUGUAAGAGUCCGGAGAUCAGGGCUUUCGAGAAAUAUCUUCCAAAGGAUGUUGAGAUUAUUACUGUUCAUUCUUUGCAUGGCCCAAAAGUUAAUACGGAAGGCCAGCCAUUGGUUAUCAUCGAUCACAGAAGUUUCAAAAAGGAAUCACUACUUUUUGUCGAGAGUGUAGUUUCCUGCCUGAAAAGCAAACAUGUCUACCUCACUUACGAGGAGCACGAUAGGAUAACUGCCGAUACACAGGCUGUUACGCACGCAGCAUUCCUUUCUAUGGGCUCUGCAUGGGCCAAAUUGAAAGUUUAUCCGUGGUUAGCUGAAGAUAAUAAAUGGGUCGGGGGCCUGGAGAAUGUGAAAGUGAAUAUAUCUUUAAGAAUCUAUUCCAAUAAAUGGCACGUCUAUGCCGGGUUGGCUAUCACAAACCCACAUGCCCACCAACAAAUUCUUCAGUAUGCUACGAGUGCGACAGAGCUUUUCUCGAUGUGCUUAGAUAACAGGAGAAAGGACUUUGUUGAAAGACUGAUGAACGCCAAAGAAUUUGUAUUCAAUAGCCAUAAAGGAAAGCUCUUACUAGAUGACCUCAUAUUGGAGGAAUAUUCUUUGUCGAAACUAACAAAAAAAAGUGAAAUAAGUACUGAUCCGCAUUCUGGAAGGGACUCGCCUUCGAUAAAGCAAAUGCUACCAAAUUCUCAUUUAGCAUUGUUGGCCAUUGUAGACUCGUGGUAUCAACUGGGUAUUAAUCCGUAUGACCAUAUGAUUUGCUCUACCCCCUUAUUUAGGAUAUUUUUGGGGGUAUCCGAGUAUCUAUUUUUGACUCCCGCCAUAUUAGAACAAACGAUCAAUGCUGCAAUGAACGACCAAUCUUUUAGAAGAGACGAUUUAGAGUUUGUUGUGGCUGCAAGAGAAUGGAGUUCAUUGGUCACAUUUGGAAAUUUUGACCUGUACAAGAGACAGUUCGAGUCAGUACAAAAGUUUUUUGAGCCAAUGUUCCCUGAAGCUAAUGUUAUUGGAAACGAGAUGAUUAAAACCAUUUUGAAACAUUCCAAAUAG